CGCCCGGCGCCAGGUGCGCCCGGUCGGGGGCGGCGGACCGCGGGAAGAGCCAUGCGGGUGGGCCCAAGUCCAGGCUGCCGCUCACUUCCGGUGCGCCGAAGAAACGGCUCGGCGGAUUCCGGGCUCCAGCCCCGCUUCGGGGCCCAGGGAGGACUCUUUGCCGGUGACAGUUGUUAUUUAGAGCUGGGUCUCCUGUCGUCUCGCUUGAUUCCCCUUGAUAGCCUGGCGAGUGUGGGCGCGCUCUUAACUCCAUCCAAACAAAGUCUAAAGUGAACUUGCCCAGAGUCUGCAUUCGUCAGAAUGGCAUCGGGUCAGAAGUUGAGAAUUCCACUAUUGAGAAACAGCGCAAGGAGCUGCAGCUGCUCAUCGGAGAAUUAAAAGAUCGGGAUAAGGAGCUCAAUGACAUGGUGGCAGUGCACCAGAGACAGCUGCUCUCCUGGGAGGAAGACCGGCAGAGAGUGCUGACCCUGGAGGAACGCUGCAGCAAGCUGGAAGGUGAACUACAUAAAAGAACAGAAAUAAUCAGAUCACUCAUGAAGAAGGUCAAGGUCCUGGAAUCCAAUCAAAUCGAAUGUCAGACAGCUCUUCAGAAGACUCAGCUACAGCUGCAGGAGAUGGCUCAGAAGGCGACACACUCCUCCCUCCUCUCCGAAGACCUCGAGGCUAGAAACGAGAAUCUCAGCAACACGUUAGUUGCACUUUCUGCUCAGGUGGGACAAUUACAAGCUAGAGAACAGGCUCUCACUACAACGAUAAAGCUAAAGGACAAAGAUAUUAUUGAGGCCGUCAAUCACAUUGCAGAUUGUUCGGGUAAAUUUAAAUUGUUAGAGCAUGCUUUGCGUGAUGCCAAGAUGGUGGAGAAUUCUGUCGUGAAAGAAAAGCAAGAUUAUAAGCAGAGGUUGAAGGCACUCAAGAUUGAAGUCAAUAAACUAAAAGUAUUUGCGGUCUUUCCCCCCUCUGUUUGUGAAGAGGACCUAAAUGAAAAGACAACAGAAAACAACGAACAACGGGAAGAGAUCAUUCGCCUCAAGCAAGAGAAGAGCUGUCUGCAUGAUGAACUGAUCUUCACAGUGGAGAGAGAAAAGAGGAAAGAUGAGUUACUGGAUAUUGCCAAGUCAAAGCAAGAACGUACAAACUCAGAACUUCAUAAUCUGAGACAGAUUUACAUAAAACAACAGAGUGAUCUCCAGUUUCUUAAUUUCAAUGUGGAAAAUUCUCAGCAAUUUAUACAGAUAUAUGAUUCAAAGAUGGAAGAAUCAAAGAGCCUGGAAUCCAGCAGAGACAUGUGUUUAUGGGACCUUGAAAAUAACCACCCAAAAAUCGAUGUUAAGAGAGAGAAGUCAUCGGUCAAGGACCACAAGUUCGAGGCCGUGUUGGCUCAGCAAAAUUGGCCAGAGAAGAGCCCUUGUGAUGUUUGCAAAGAGAAGAAACUGCAGCCUGGUACUGCAUUUGCGGAAAGUGUGAUUACUCUCUCAUCUCUGUUUCCCAAAGACUUAACAGAGAAACCAAAGUCUUGGCCUCUGGGUGCAAAAACCCCAAUUGAGCCUGAAAGCAAAAUCACACCGCGCAGGGUCCACGCCAAAUUCCCGGAAGAUGACGGCCCCGGGCGCCAGGGCGUCUACCUGGGCCUGGCCUGCUGCUGCUGCUGCGGGCCUGGGCAGGCGGGGAAGCUGGACGCCGAGGCUCGAGAGGCCCUGCCGAGGUCCGGAAGCCCGAGCUGCGCGAAGAGCCAGGGCGCCCCGGACGACCGCGUCCCGGGUGAGCCCGCGUGCUGCCACCCGCGGAGCUCCGUCGAAGCCCCGGGCCACAUGUCGGACGCCGAGGGGAUGAGCGUUUUCCAGCCUGCCAAAGUCCAAAGAAUCGUCCGCCACAAAACUGUGUGCACCUGCUCGGGGGUCGUCGACGGGGGGGACUGUGGCUCCGCGGCGAGGGAGCUGACUGCCAUCCAGCAAUCCCAUUGUUUGAGUUCCUCAAAGUCUGCCACAAGGGAGGAUGAGACAGAGGCCUCUCCUGGUGAAAAGAGCUUGCCCACGAGUUUGUUAAUCGAUAGAGAUUCAACACUGUCCACUGAAAAGGACGACUUUUCGCCCACGAGCAAGCUGCAGCGUCUGCUGGCCGAGUCCCGGCAGAUGGUCACCGACCUGGAGCUCAGCACGCUGCUGCCCCUCGGCUGCCAGGACCCCAGCGGCGGCGCCAGAACCAAUUUAGAAAUCUCAGAAGAGUCAGCUCAAAAGAAUACCUUCAUCAGUCCCUGAAGAAAACAGAGUCAACUCCAGUGUCCACUGAGGCCCAGCCCUGCUUAUACUGUACAUACCAUCCAGAUCCAGCCAGAGCGAAAUGCCAGCUCCUGUGAGAGGAAUGCAGAUCAGGAGGCCCUUGUGCUUAGUACCUGGAAAUUUAAAUCUAAGGAAGUGAAUCUCUAGAUCCAGCUUUACGAGUCGGAGUCUGAAGCAGCAUUUCAGCAUUCCACCUGGCUGUCUCCCUGCAAAGAAAUCGUUAGGUGGGGCUUGGAGCUUUGUACAGUGUGCAGCCCCUAAGCACUUUUUUGGUCUGGUUCUCCUGUCCUAUUCCAUUUCCUGUGCAGUGACCUCAGGACCCGGGGGAUCUCAGCACAGACCUGACCAGGGCCCUGUGCCCUGCCAGCCGGAAACUCCUCCCUCCCCCUCUUGCCCAGAGGCCUUCAGCCCUAACCAAGCUGUGACUUCAUGCAGAUGACAAUCAGAUCCCCAGCCCAGGUUUUAGACCACAGAGGACAGAGCUUUUAGCACCAGCCGGGGCUUAAUGAUUUGCAUUCUGUUUCCUUCCCCCGCCCCAAGGCAUAUUUCUGGUCCGAGAGAAGGCAGAAGCAGAGUUAGUACGGCUCCCUGCCCUCAAACCGAAACAGGGCCAUGAGCCUUCCCGAGUCAGCAUUCCAUACCAGAGGGGAGCAGGGCUGAACACCUGCUUUUGUCUGCAGUGAAGCGUUUUCGUGUGGCCUUCUUGUACCUACAAAAGCCUGGAAUUAUUCUAAGGGGGGAGAAGACCUCUCUGGAAGGACCCAGACAGCCCUGCAGCCCUGGAGAACUCUAGGAGCAGAACAUUAGAACCUCAUGUGGAAUCACGCUCUCUGCCUUCUCAGGACUCGCACACACAUCCAAGUUAGAACCCGUGAGCUCUCAGAGUCGGCUCCAAAGAUGGGAGAACAGUGCUGUCUUUUACAGUUUCAGGCCUGCGCUUUGCCGGUUAACAGAUGAGGUUGAGGGUCACGUGGCCUGGGCUGCUGACAGUCGAGGUCCGUCUGUCCUAGCCCAGCACAGCCCGUCUUGCUGGGUCUGUGUCAGUCCAUCCAUCCACACGAACAAAAGUGUGCUGGAAGAUCAAGUUUUAUAUGGAUUUUUAUAUUAAAGAAUAAAACACUUCCAUUUUAACUUGUAAA